AUGCGCCGUCAGCUUCCUGCCAUUUCCAGCCUCGUUGUGCCGCUGAGGGCCGUCGUCAUUCAUGUGCCAUCAAGCGCCCGCCAGCGCUGGAGCCACAUGUGCCGUGAGGAGCAGGUGGAGGAGGGGCAGAUGCUGUCUGGCCUCAUCAACGCCCGGCAGGAGCUCCUGGACGAAAUGCCGGCAGUGGCCCCGAAGCAGGUACAGGCUGCCAGCCCGGAGCCCUCCUUGCAGCCGGAGAGCUUGCCAGAAAGCUGCAGGUUCGAUGCCACCACGCUCGACGGUGCGCAGGAGAUCUUUGGAUCUGCACGGAACGAGCUCGAGUGCCCAGAGGUCUUCAUGAAAGCCGUUGUCACCUAUGGCCGUCACCUUAUCGCCCAACGGCGCCUUCACGACUACGACAUCAUGCAUGAAGUCAUCCGGGCGGAGACAGGCUAUCGGCUUGCGAAGCUGGCGGGUCGCAGUCUGACACCCGCGGCUUUUGCGGAGUUCAUGGAGGUCCAGCAGGAACUUGCCGAAGCACUGACAGGUUGGUCGCUUUGGGAGUACGAGUUCGUGCACUGGCGCUAUCAUAAGAGGCGGGCUGGCGGCAAUGAGUUUGAUCAGCUUUACAACGCUCACAGAACGCCAGAGUACCAGCACCUGGCAUGUCCAGCAGUGCCUCUUGCAUACCGCUUCUGGUCAAACUUCCCGACUUGUCCCCCCACACGGCUUCGGGACCUGGCUCGGUUUACGGAUGCGCAUGUAUCGGGCAUGACUGUGGACAACUGGCGGGCGAGUUACCGGGACUUUCUCAGUGAGGACUACAACUACAAUGUUUCUCACUUCUCUGGCGGCGACCCCACAUUCCGCCUUUCCAAGGGGGCACACUCCCUCUUUGCUGGCGUCUUCAUCCAGAAGAUGCCCACGGACAUGUGGUGCUACCAGCAGGUUAUCCAUGACCUGCGGCCAACGUACAUCGUCGACCUUGGGAGCUCCCAAGGAGGUAGCGCUGUGUGGUUCGCAUCCAUGCUGAAGCUCUUCGAGAUUCCAGGGAAGGUCAUAUCCGUUGACUUGGCGCUGGAGCAGGCCUAUUGGCUCACGAAGCGACGUGCGGAGGCCGCCGUGGAGCGUUUGAAGCUCCAGGCUUUCGUGGACUGGAACUAUGUUACGGGUGGCUCCAAGAACAAGGAGGUGAGGGCAAAGGUCAAGCGACUUUGCAAGCAAGCUCCCUGCAUGGUGGUGUCAGACUCCGAUCACGACUACGAGCAUACGUACUACGAAAUGGAGUGGUACGCGAAGCACGUGGGCGUCGGGCAGUACCUGAUCGUCGAGGACACCAAUAUCUACGGCUGGACGGGCUGGGUCAACAUCAACGAUCCCAAUGAGGCGGAGCUCCGAAAAGGCCCAAUGGAAGCCGCCAACGAUUUCGAGUUGGCGCACAGGGCAGACUUUGUGCGGACGGACUGGUGCGCCAAGCAUUAUGGCGGACUCUCCCAGACGCAGAAUGGGUGGCAGGGGACCUGGUCGACUGAAAGCUUCUACACGGUCCCUCCCAAACGAAUCCUUGGCGCAUCUGCAGAACCCAACCUCGCCAUGCCCGGAAUGCGGAGUCGGCUAAUCUUUGCGUGGCUGUCCUGGGCGUCGCAGAGCGCUUUUGCGGCGAAGGGACAGUUUGAGGAGGCCCUGCUCUUGGGAGACAGCUGGGCAGCCUAUGCUGGCACGAGCCUGAAGGACCACUGUGCCGGAGUCGACCACGUGGUGAACCACGGACUUCCGGGAACCACCGCCGCGGAUUGGGCCGCCAAUUUGGAUUGCGCCUCCGCUGCUCACUCCUUGUGCUGUCAGCGUGGCGCAGGCUGCAGCGUCCCUGAGGCCGCGAAGUCCCUCCAAGGAUCUCCUGGAGUCGCUUGGGUCAGCCUGGGAGGCAACGACUACAUCCUGAACAAUUGUAACUCUGCGGACUAUGAGGCUUUGAGCCAGCUGCAGGAGAACAUCGAGAAGGUCAUCGGCAAUCUUCAGUGGCUUGCUCCAAAGCUGCGCAUCGUUGUCACGGGCUAUGCUGCGCCGAGUGGGCCGCUCUUCUGGACCAGUGGCUGCGAUGCGCCUGAAUCCCUUCACCCUUUGAACGAAGUGGUGAAGAAGGCUUCGGAGGCUAGAAACGUGACAUUUGUCAACGUUUCCAUGGUCGCUGGCGGUAGCUCGGCAGUCCACAGCCAGCCGGAGUUCUACAAGGACCACGUCAUCUCUGAGCAAGCCAGAGCAGACAAACCUACCAACACCGCAGCGCAUACCGCACGCAAGACGCAAGCCAUGUCUGCAAACACGACGCAGAGUUGCAUCUCUAACAUGACGUGGUUCGCCGUCAUAGCAUCAUGUUGCCUGUCCAAGCCUCGGUUGCAAUGGCAGUCGGACAUGUGGGACAUGCCAGUGUACGAGAACCUUCGCAAACAAAACAUAAACUACGAAGAGCUGGUGGGCCGAGUGGCCAAGCAUCCAGUCAUGGAGUGCUUCGGUCCGUUCCGCAAAGAUGACGACCAAAUUUGCGCAGGACUGGGCACUUCGGAACGAGACUCAGACGUUGCUCAGUGCUUGAGCACACGGGACUUCACCCAAGAGGAGCUCUUGAAUCUUCUGGAACCGCUCCUGGCAAGAAUACCAGCCAACGCGCCGGGCAGGACCAGCUGGAGAGCAAUCAUCGGCAGUCUAGCGGUGACACUGAGCACGUGGACUUUGAUGCUCUCCUGCCUUCGCAUUUGCUGUCGGCAGAAAGCGGGCAAGAAGGCGAGAUUAUCCUGUACCUUGCUCCAUCGCUGGGCCAGGGACUGCGGAGACGUCUUUUUUACCUUCCCGCUCACGGGUGUCAAAAUGGUUCUGGACACGAUGAUCGUCUCGCCGCUGAGCGUGGCCCAGGCCGCUUUGCUGCGGCGGAGAGCAGCGCAGACGAUGCGAAUGCAGGACCAGCUUCUAGCAGAGGGUGGCCACACGCCUGGAGCAGGCCGCAAGCGUGAAAGAGCGAGCACCAUCGGUCUGGCACAGCGGAGCAAGCGCAAGAGCGCGACAACGCGAGAGAAGCCGAAGGAGCCGGCAAGGAGCUCCACUUCCUCUCGCCCGAGGUCGGCAUUUCAGGAAGUUCCUGAACCCAGAAACCCUGGGGCCCUUGAGGAAGAGGAGCCGACCGCGGAGCAGUGGUGCCAAGUGCAGCGCCACAGCGAGCAUCCGAAGCGAGUUCUGCCGACCGAGAGACAUCGGCCCGUGGUGGAAGGGCCGAAGCCUGUCGCACGCACGCCCAGAGCUGUGGAGUGCCCAUCGGCAAAGAGUCAAGCGCUGACCCAGAAGGUGGAAGCCAGCCCUCCAAAGCCGUCGUGGAGCCCAGCGGAAACCGUUUCAGACUCCACGCGAGAGGAGCCGGCAAGGCCGCCUUCACGCGCGGAGGCACCCAGGGAGCUCCUGGCAGUUCUGAAGACGGUGCCUCCAUCGCCACCCGCGGUAGAAGCAGCUGAAGGCUGCGCAUCCACUGUCUGCGCCAGUGAAAGGAGCUCGCCAGGAGCACCGCCGGACGCCCCGCUGCCCCCAACACGGCGGCCCUGGAAUUCUGCGGAGAACUUCAUCGGCGAGAAUGAGGAUCCAGAGCUGCCACUCCUGCUGGCCCCCUUGGCGCCACCACCGGUGCACCCUCCCAAGCUUUCCGGCGCGGCAGAGCCGAAUGCCGAUGUGCAGCGCGAGGAAACCGAAGAAGAGGACAUCUUGGAGCCUGAGCGGCCUCCUCCGCCCGACAUGCCCCCGCCACCCUGCCCCGCAGGCCAAGAGAUCUUGCGCUGGCUCCAGCAACCUCCCAAAAGGGAGUCUGUCAUGCCGGUUGUCACGGACAUGGGCUGCUUCUCCGGAGGCACCGGUGGCACGCCAGGCUGGGACGGCGUUGAGACGACCUUGGACUACGACGAGGCCUAUGCCCUGCAGCCGCCCUGCACGAAGUCAGAGUGUCCGAGUCGGUUCGCCGAGGAUGAUGUCGGCAAACGCUUGGAAGCCAUGGUUGAGGAGCUGGCAGGGCCCAGCUCCUUCGAACUCCUGGAAGAUGCUUUCAGCAAGGUCGACGCGGCCAGGGAGGCUUUGAGCAAAGUGGUCUCCGAGCCAGGUCUACACCACGCAGCCCCGGUCUUCAUCCCAGGGCAGUUGUGGCCAGGUAGCCGGCGUGUAGUCCAUUAA